UGGAACCCAAGCAACUUCGAACAGGAAAGUAACGAGUCCGGCCUUUCAUGAGCAAGCUUUAGUAUAUAAACCUUGCAAAGUUUUUAGGGUAAUGUAAUAAGAUUCCUUUAAAAAUGUUUUUGCUCUAGAGAAUUAUUUAAGCAAUGAACCUCAUCAACGCAUUUAACCUAAAUAAUCGAGGUACCAUGUUGCGAAAGAUGUAAAGCUUUAGAGUAUGUACUCCUUUUUACAUGUUCUAUCCAUGAAAGUGUGACUAAUCACUUUUCAAUGGUAUCUUAUUUCUCAACAGGCUUCUGCAACUUUCCAACAGGAUGCGGAGCAUAUUGGCUUACCUUGUGGCGUCGUUCAUCGUACAAGGUUUGGAAGCUGGGAAAUCACCGGUAGCAUCCACGAAAAACGGGCCCGUCGAAGGACGCACAGUGGAAGUCCUCGGCAGGACGGUGGAAGUUUACCAGGGUAUUCCGUUCGCUCGCCCACCCGUCGGUGAGCUUCGAUUCCUGGAACCAAUUCCCGCCGACCCUUGGUCCGGCGUCUAUAACGCCACGGCCCCGAAGACGGCUUGUAUUCAGAAAGUAUUCAGCGCCGAUUUCGCGCCUUACGUCAACCAGUCCGAAGACUGCCUCUACCUCAACGUUUGGACCCCAGCCCGCUCGAAACCCCUCAAGACAGUACUGGUGUGGAUUCACGGAGGCGGUUUCACAUUCGGUUCGGCCUAUCAACACUGGUACGACGGCUCCGCGCUGGCGGCUUCGCACGACGUCGUCGUCGUCACUCUCAACUACCGUCUGAAUAUCUUCGGUUUUCUGAAUGCUGCCGUGCCUGAAGUACCGGGCAACAUGGGUCUCCUGGACCAGAACCUGGCGCUACGUUGGGUUCGCGACAACAUUCGGUCGUUCGGUGGUAAUCCGUCGCGGGUGACGUUGUUCGGAGAAAGCGCCGGUUCGUUCAGCGUGAGCGCUCAAGUACUGUCUCCCCUCAGCCGGGGCUUGUUUCAAAGAGCCGUCUUCAUGAGCGGAGCGUACGACACGGAUGGUUUGAUAGAUACCACCUUUGAAAGUUUAUCCAAGGGCAACAAGGUCGCUGAACUCGUUGGCUGUACAUCUGCUUACAGAGACCUCGCCUCUUACCCGGAAGAGGUACUCGAGUGCCUGCGCUCCAAGCCGGCUGAACUUCUUUGCGAUGCCACUUACGAGGGCGCCGCGACUAAGGUGUUCAACUUCAUUCCAUCACAUCCGAACGCUUUCUUUCCGACGCGUCCCACCGUGGCAAUGAAGAGAGGCGAGUUCAACAACGUUGACGUCAUGCUCGGAGUCACCGCAACUGAAGGGAAUUUCAUAAUCAUGUCUUUCCCGGAUAGCCGCAUUCAAACGGAGGAGCUCAAAAGCAUCAGCGAAGAUGAGCUCAAGAAAGUUCUACGCAUCGUGUCCCUCGCCUGGCUUCCAGACAAGUUCGCGCCUGCGCUGGAGCGAUACGCGAGUGCAGCCACUGCGGGCGAUAAGCGGCUGCUGAGGGAGCUGCAUGCAGAGUUCAUAACUGACGGCCAGUUCAUCUGUCCCAGCAAGUUUUUCGCCGAAGACUACUCUGAUAUGGGUAACUCGGUCUACUUUUCGGUACUCGGCUACAGGUCGGCUAAGUUCCCGUUCCCGAAGUGGACUGGCGUCCCGCACACUUCCGACAUUGUCUUCUACUUCGGCGUUCCUCUCCUCAAACCGGAGCACUUCACCGACGAAGAUCGGGAGUUCAGCAAGGCUGUGAUGAAAGCGUUCACGAAUUUUGCAAAGACGGGAAAGCCAGUCAUCGACGGAAUCGAGUGGCCGGCAUACACGAGCGACGAUCCCGUGGCCCUGUGGAUGCAGCCAGGAAAUUACUCCCUGCACAGGGAUAUUGGUGACAAGAACUGCGCCUUCUGGAGACAGUACCUGACGUACGCAGAAAAAUAAAGGUUCUACCUACUAAGCGAUCCACAGCUAACUGGAAGAAAAAUAAAAACAGCA